CCUCAUGGUCCUUCUCUGUUUUCCAGUCCCUUCCAGAGUUAGUAUUUAUACAACACACUACUCCUCAUUGUCUACUAGAGCUUCUAUCCUGAAGUGAAAAGCAUAAGGGAAUUUUGUAUCCCGACAAAGUAGCAGACUGGAGUCCACAGGAGGAAAGCAACCACUUAAAACACCUUCAGACUGAGCCAGCAGCCUUCCUGCCUUGCCUGAGUGAUGCUAUCCCACCAAAACCAGCCUUCCAGUUGCCAGGCAGUGCCCUAAAUUCCGUUCUAUCUCCUUGCGGGGCAGUGCUCCAGUGCUACUGACUGAACUCCAGCCUCGCCUACACACAGGAGCACCAAUGUCCUAUGAGAAUUGGGGUAUUUGUGGACGGAUUUGCAGUAUUUGCAGUCAGACAUGUCAACUCUUCAGAACCCUGUCGGAGAGCCUCAGAAGUUUCUGGGAUAAUAAGGUGAAGAGACGGUUUUUUGCUUCACCGCAAAAGGAAGAGGUGCCAACCUCCACGGCCGACUACAUUUUUCACAGAGAAAAGAUUCUGGAGCUUGGCAGCAUCCUGAAGAAUAAAAGACUAUCCCUUGAUAAGAGAGCUCAGGCUGCCCAGAAAAUCGGACUACUGUCUUUCACAGGAGGCAUGAGUGCCGCGCAGUUCGCCAGCGAGUACAUGACAGAGGUUGCUUUCUUGCUGCAGAAGAAAAAGGCGAUGUCAUUCAGGACAAAGAUCCUGCUACUCCAGAGUGUAGCGUGCUGGUGCUACCUAAACCCCGACAGCCAGAGGAAAGUCAGACAACUCGAGAUUAUUCCGACUUUAAUUGAUUUCUUGGAGGAGUCUUUCCAAUCUAGCAACAAGACUGAAAUAAACACCCACCGCCUCUGCCAAUUUUGGGUCUGCUAUGCCCUCACAGUCAUAACCUGUAACAACUUAGCUAUCAUGAGGGAGCUGAGAUCCUACCGAUCUCUAAAAUUCCACCUACAGCUCGUGGCUACGGAGAACUGGUCUGGGUGGCCUGAAAAUUUUGCCGAGGUCUUAUAUUUCCUAAUAGGUUUUCACAGGAACUAAUUUUAAUUUUUUUUUUUAGUUCAGUUACAAGAUUCAACUAUCCUCGUGCCAUUGCAUUACCUCAGAAACCUGAAGUAAAGAAUAAAGUUCAUGGAUUAUUCUA